UAAGCCAUGUGGCGAACUGCAGCAAUUGUUGGGGUGACAAGUGCCUUGUGGGCAGCUGGAAAGAAUGGACUGUCAAUUGGAGGGUUCUCACUGCCUCAACUGAGCAGUCUGCAGUUGGCAUCUGUAGCUGCAGGUAUCUACAUCACCACUGGUGGCUACCACACUCUCUGGCUUGCGUACAUGACUCUCCCCAGAGAUCUCAUUGCAGGGUACAGGUAUUUCAAAAUAAUGGCCAAACUCAAGUGGGCCCUCUACUGUAAUACCAACCUCCCAAAAGUGUUCAUGGAAAAUGUUAGGAGGAAUCCUAAUAAGGUUGCACUCAUAUUUGAAGGACAAGAAUGGACAUUUGCUCAGGUUAGCAAGUCUAUCCUCAUGUUUCAAAAUACUGUACUUUACUGCAGAGUAGUUAACUAG